UGAGAUGAGUAUGGUUUCUGUAGCGUUGAUGUGCGUUGAUACGCUUUUCUCAACAUAGCGAUAAAAACGAAUAUUCGCUACACGCAGACAAUCUUGUACUGCUGGUUUUCCCUGGGGAUCAUUGUUGACAGGGUAGAGAGGAAAAAGGUAAAAAAAAUCAUUCGAGGUCCCAUUUGACUGGUUAAAUGUUAGGCGUUGCAGUUUCUUUCGCUAGUUGAUCGUGAUAAGUCGAACGGUUGGUGGUGUUUGAAAUCGUAGCUCUAUUGUGACCGCCUGUGAACUUGUGCAAAAAUGUACGACGAAGACGCAGGAGCCCUAGUCGUUGAUAAUGGGUCCGGAAUGUGCAAGGCCGGAUUCGCCGGAGAUGAUGCGCCUCGUGCCGUCUUCCCGUCGAUCGUGGGACGUCCGCGCCACCAGGGUGUGAUGGUCGGAAUGGGUCAGAAAGACUCGUACGUGGGCGAUGAGGCCCAGUCCAAGCGUGGUAUUCUGACCCUAAAGUAUCCAAUCGAGCACGGUAUCAUCACCAAUUGGGAUGAUAUGGAGAAGAUCUGGCACCACACCUUCUACAAUGAGCUGCGUGUCGCCCCGGAGGAGCAUCCUAUCCUUUUAACGGAAGCCCCGUUGAAUCCUAAAGCAAACCGUGAACGUAUGGCACAGAUAAUGUUUGAAACGUUCAACGCCCCGGCUAUGUACGUCGCCAUCCAGGCCGUGCUGUCCCUGUACGCUUCUGGUCGUACCACCGGUAUUGUGUCGGAUUCCGGUGAUGGCGUUUCGCACACUGUACCAAUUUUUGAAGGUUAUGCUCUGCCCCAUGCUAUUCUACGGUUGGAUAUGGCUGGUCGUGAUCUGACCGAUUACUUGAUGAAGAUUAUGACCGAACGUGGAUAUGCUUUCACCACUUCUGCUGAGCGUGAGAUUGUCCGUGACAUCAAGGAAAAGCUGUGCUACGUUGCGCUGGACUUUGAACAAGAAAUGCUAACUGCUUCUGCUUCGACCUCACUGGAAAAAUCAUACGAACUUCCCGAUGGACAGGUUAUUACUGUGGGCAAUGAGCGUUUCCGUGCUCCAGAGGCUCUAUUCCAGCCCUCUUUCUUGGGAAUGGAAACGGCAGGAGUUCACGAGACGGUGUAUAAUGCAAUUAUGCGCUGUGAUGUCGACAUCCGUAAGGAUCUGUACGCCAAUACUGUCCUGUCCGGUGGUACCACCAUGUACCCAGGUAUUGCUGAUCGUAUGCAGAAGGAAAUUACGGCACUCGCUCCACCCACCAUCAAGAUCAAGAUUAUCGCUCCUCCAGAGCGUAAAUACUCUGUCUGGAUCGGUGGAUCCAUCCUGGCCUCGUUGUCUACCUUCCAGUCGAUGUGGAUCUCGAAGCAGGAGUAUGAUGAGUGUGGACCUACUGUUGUCCACCGCAAGUGCUUCUAAGUGGUGAAGGAACCCCACAUGUGUGAUGUGAACCCAGGGAUCAAAUGUUUUUACUGUAAGAGUCCAACUACAAUGUUUAAUGUGCAGUUUUAAGCGAUAAUAUAUUAUUUUGAAAAAGGUA